AAAGAGGUGGGUCGUGCUUCAAAUUUGUAGACGAACUUAUAUCGAUUCCAGAAAAAUUCACAUGUAGAUCCGCUUUCGGGGGGAACUGAAGAGUGAAUCCGAUCAGACGAAUAUGUCUGCUCAGAUUCAAGGAAUAUAGCUGCGUGAGGUGUCCGUGAAGCAAUGAAACUGGUUCUUUGUCUACGCCACAAUCAUGCUACAAUACCCCUACAAGCCACGCAUUCUUCUGAAAUGCAUUCUCGGCCACUUCACUUAACAGCACAUUUUCAUCAAACAUGGUUCCCUUAAAUUAUCCAUUAGCUUUCGUUACUCUUUUGCUUCCUAUCACCCUCGCUGCACAAAUAGCUGUCUCUAUCUCACACCCAACCUUCCCCUUCUCCGCUUCAACCUUGUCAUCGUCGACCUCGGCAACAUUACAUGCAGCGGGAGCCUCUCUUCGAACAGUACUAAAUCGUAACAAUAAGUUCGUAUUCGGAAGUGUACCAUUUGGGAGCUACCUGCUGGAGAUACACUCCAGAGAGUUUGUCUUCGAACCUCUACGCAUCGACAUCACCGACGUAGAUGGAAAGAACUAUAUCAAGAGCUGGCAAACAUUUCAAGGCAACGAAUGGGACAACAAAGGCGAAAUACGUGGAGAAAGCGAUGCAAGUGUUGCGGGAAGCUCAGCAAACACAGACGUUUACGUGAAUGUUUUGGGAGUGAAGGACUACUAUGCAAAACGUCUAGGUUUCUCCAUCAUGAGCUUGCUUUCGAAUCCAAUGAUUCUCAUCGCCUUCUUUUCUCUCGCUCUCCUCCUUGGCAUGCCUUACCUGGUGGAAAACAUGGAUGAAGAGACAAAAGCAGAGUUCGAAGCCAUGCAGAAAGAAAGAAGAACUGCUGCGAACCCUGCCGCAGCCAUGCAGAACUUCGACCUUGCUGGCUGGAUGGCUGGGUCAAAGCCAGAAGCACUGCAGACAAGCACAGAUGAGGCCACCAACGAAGGCCAAAGAAGGAGAAAGGGUUAAGUAAGGCUUCAUCAUGACCCAUCAUUUAGGAAUAGAGCAAACAUCACAGACGUUGCUGGAAUCGAAAGUCUAUUUCUCAUGAGACUGGCCAGUCAUUCUCAACGCCUCGCUCAGCCAUAACUUUUCAGACAUUCAAUAUCACCGUUGGAGCAUAGACCAUGGUUAACUCUAAACUGGACAUGUUCCGACAGAGUCUCUGCCUCACUUUAGGCGAUCAUUGUCGAAUUAAUUGCUAAAUGUCAAUUACGUAUCUCUCAAUCAGAAAGACUGAUCUCGUAGCUCAGAAUCGAAUGGUCAGCGUAAUAUAGCAUCAAUCUCCACCGUCUUCGGAUCUCCAUCCGAACUCGACCUAAC